AUGAACCAACUGAUAAAUAAACUAGAGUACGUGAAAGUGUUGGUCAAACGGCUGUUCAAACAUGAAGUGAAACAAAUCAAAGAACUGAAUGGAGCCGAAGACAGGAACUAUCAUUUGGUUACCACUGAUUCCCAUGAGUUUGUGCUGAAGAUUACUAACAGUGAAGAGUCGAGCGAAGUCGGGCUUUUAGACGCCGUCAAUGAAUUCAUACUACACUUACAUAAAGCUGGCUUUGAAGUAACAGUUCCUCAGCUAAACACUUGUGGUAAGUAUGUAUCGUUUGAAACUAUUCCCACUCCCGAUCACAACAGUCCGGAUAAUAACCAUGAAGUCUAUGGCAUACGUUUGUUGGCGUAUAUCAGUGGCCAACUGUUGAGGAAUGUGUCCUUUACUCCCUCACUACUCACGGAAUGCGGGCGAGUGUUAGCACAAAUGACAAUCGCACUUCAGACUUUUGAGAGUCAAGUGCUGAGAGAUGGGCGCCAAUCAGCAUGGUCACUUCUCAGAGUUCUCGACAUACGUCAACAUUUAGACGCUGUCCAGAGUGCGACCGAUCGGGCGAUUGUGUCGGCGGUUUUGGACGAGUUUGAGCGCACAGUUUGGCGCCGUUUGGACUCAUUUGAGUACCGCUUCAUUCACGGAGAUUACAACGAAAUGAAUAUUAUUGUCGAUAAGGUAUCGGAUGAUCGCGAUUAUCAUGUAAAGGGUGUCAUCGACUUUAACGAUUGUCAAUACGCGCCGCGUGUAUUUGAUCUGGCUAUUUAUCUGGCCUAUAGUACCCUCAUGUUUACCGCCGGACCUCAAAUACUGGCCCCCGGUUUUGGUCUGAAGGGCUAUUUGGAGUUAAUUAAACUUAAUGAAAAUGAAUUCAAUACUUGUGUAAAGGCCCGACUCUGUCAGUCUCUGGUGCUGUGCGCUCAGGCCUACCAUCAAAAUCCCACAAAUGUAUAUCAUUUAUCGUCGGCAAAGACCGGAUGGCCGGCUCUCCGAGCGCUGCAUGAAUGCCAACCACAAGACAUACUUCACAAAUGGCUUGAUAUCGAUCGUCAAAUAUAA